AUGGAGAGACGUUUCCAGUGCACGGAGUGCGAAAUGAACUUCUUUACCAGCGGCGGGUUGAAAAGCCACAUGUUGAAACACACGGGCAUAAAAGAUUUUCAAUGCGACGUUUGUUUGAAGUGGUUUACUAGGAAGUCUGUUUUGCGUGAACAUAUGCGUAUACAUGCGAACGACCGGCGGUUCACAUGCGUGCACUGCGGUCGAGGGUUCGUGCAGAAGUGCAGUUGGCGCGGACAUAUGCGGACUUUCGGUAAUCGUCAGUUGACCAUCAAAAGUGAGAUAACCGACGAUGAUAAGAAGAGACAUAUUAAUGAUAGAGUAAAGAAGAACACUCGCGUGUCUAAAAAAUGUAAAACGACUACAGUUCAAAUUCCUGACACGAAAAUUACUAUAUUAAAAGGUCUAUCUGAAAAUAUUAAAAAUCCCGCACCUACUAAUGAUGAGAAAACUAAACACUACAACAAUUUCGAAGUUGUUUUAUCAUGUUCCACAGCGACGCCUAUACGAAGCCACGACGGGCAUGCCUACACGUGUUGUUUUUGUACAGAAAAAUACACGAAUCCGGCUGAUUUAAAAACUCACACACAAUCGAAACACAAUAACUGUCACGAUAGACGCGCUUUCAUGAAGAAGAGAAAAUUGAACGCUUAUUUACUAAAGCUUGAUAUAACGCAGUUGAAAUGUACAUUGUGCGACGAGACCAUUGAUAAAUUGGAAAGAUUGUUCGAUCAUUUGCAAAACGAGCACAAAAAAAUUAUCUACACGGAUAUAAAGAACCAAAUCAUUCCAUUCAAAUUUGGGGGUGAAGAUCUUCAGUGUGCCGUGUGUCCUCUUGUCUUCAAUAAAUACAAGAUGCUGUUAGAACACAUGCAUACACAUUAUAGAAAUUAUGUAUGCGAUAUCUGUGACAACGGAUUUAUCAAUAGCCGGGCGAUGUUAAACCAUAAAGGUUCACAUAAAACAGGCUCCUUCGAAUGCAGUCAUUGUAAUAAAAUCUUUAUCACCCAACAGAGGAGGAGUACGCAUAUAAAUACAGUGCACAAAUAUAUGAACUUCCCAAACAAAUGCAGCAUAUGUAAAGAGAGAUUCAGAAGCACCCAAAUGAAGGAUCAGCAUAUGACAACAAUGCAUGGCAUGACGCCGGUGAUCCGGAAAUGUACAGCGUGUGACGAAACUUUCACGAGCCAGAACUCUUUGCGAAUACACAAGAAGAGAUUUCACUUGAUGGAAAGACAUCAUCAAUGUACAGAGUGUGAAAUGAAUUUUUUCACCGGUGCGCAGUUGAAGUAUCACAUGUUGAAGCACACGGGAAAGAAAGAUUUCCAAUGCGACGUUUGCUUGAAGUGGUUCGGUAGGAAAUGCGUGUUGCGUGAACACAUGCGCAUCCAUACUAACGACCGGCGGUUCACUUGUAUCCAGUGCGGCCGAGGUUUUGUGCAGAAGUGCAGUAAUCAUCAGUUGAUGGUCAAAAGUGAAAUAACCGACGAUGGGAAGAUCAGUCAAAUUAAUGAUAGAUCAAAGAAGAACUUAGCCACUCGCGUGUCUAAAAAAUGUAAAACAACUACAGUUAGAAACGCUAACACCAAAACAAAAGGUCUGUCUGAAAAUAUCAGAAAAGUUGCAGCCACUAAUGACGAGAGAACCAAACACUACAACAAUUUUGAUGUUGUGGUGUCGUGUUCCAAUGCCACGCCCAUACGAAAUCACGACGAUAAUGCCUACAUGUGUUGUUUCUGUGCCGAGAAACACACGAAUCCGGCAGAUUUAAAAACUCACACACAGUUAAAACACAACAACUGUCACGAUAGACGCGCAUUCAUGAAGAAACAGCAACUGAACGCUUAUAUACUAAAGCUUGAUAUAACGCAGUUGAAAUGUGUUUUGUGUGACGAGAACAUCGAAACGUUGGAACGCAUGUUCGAUCAUUUGCAAAACGAGCACAAGAAGAUUAUCUACACGGACAUAAAGAACCAGAUAAUUCCAUUCAAAUUUGGGGGUAAUCAUCAGUUGAUCAUCGAUAGUGAAAUAAUCGACGAUGAUAAGAAGAACCAUAUUAUUAAUAGAGUUAAGAAGAACUUAGCCACUCGCUUGUCUAAAAAAUGUAAAACGGCUACAGUUGAAAACCCCAAUAUGACUGGAUCAAAAGGUCGGUCGAAAAUCAAAAAGCCUGCACGAGCUAUUCACGAGAAGACCAAACACAACAACAAUUUUGAAGUUGUUUUAACAUGUUCCACAGCAACGCCUAUACGAAGUCACGACGGGUAUGCCUACGCGUGUUGCUUUUGCACGGAGCAGUAUACGGAUCCGGCAGCAUUAAAAACUCAUACAUUAACGAAACACAACGACAGUCACGACAGACGGACGUACAUGAGGAAACGACACACCAGCUCGUACUUACUGAAGCUGGACAUCACUGAGUUAAAAUGUACAUUAUGUGACGAGAACAUCGACACAUUGGAACGAUUGUACGAUCAUUUGCAAAAUGAACACAAGAAGCUUAUCUACACGGAUAUAAAGAACCAGAUCAUUCCAUUCAAAUUUGGGGGUGAAGAACUUCAGUGUGCCUUGUGUCCUCUCGUCUUCAACAAAUUCAAGAUUCUGUUAGAACACAUGAACACACAUUAUAGAAAUUAUGUAUGCGACAUCUGUGACAACGGAUUUAUUAACAGGAUGUCGUUGGCAAUCCAUAAAGGUUCACAUAAAACGGGCUCCUUCGAAUGUGGCCAUUGCAAUAAAAUCUUCCUCACCCAUCAGAGGCGGACUACUCAUAUAAAUACAGUCCACAGAUUUAGGAACUUUCCGAACAAAUGCAGAAUUUGUAAAGAGAGAUUCAGAAGCACGCAAUUGAAGGAUCAGCAUAUGAUAACUGUGCAUGGGAUGAAGCCAGUGAUUCGGAAAUGUACAGCGUGCGACGAGACAUUCACGAGUCAGAGCGCGUUGCGGAUACACACUCACAAGGAUCACUUGAUGGAAAGAGAUUUCCAAUGUACUGAGUGCGAUAUGAAGUUCUACGCCCGUGCGCAGUUAACGAAUCACAUGCUGAAGCAUACGGGGAAGAAAGAUUUCCAAUGCGACGUUUGCUUCAAGUGGUUCGGUAGGAAAACCGUGUUGCGUGAGCAUAUGCGUAUUCACGCGAACGACCGGCGGUUCACAUGUCAGCAGUGCGGCCGAGGAUUUGUACAGAAGUGCAGUGAGCAAAUAAGCAUCUUUACUGGAGAUAAAGCGGACGAGAUUCUACAUAAUAUACAAGAAUCAGGCUUCUAUAAAAGUAAGAAUACUCGCAGUACAAGAAAAAAGGCUGCCAAAAAGGAUUUAAAUGUGAUACGUGUCCAAGAAGUCGAGAAGCACAGACAUAAUUUAUUAGAGAUAAUGGUCAACUCCAACGCAACACCGAUCAGGCAUUGUCGUGACCAAGGCUACACAUGUUGCUUCUGCCCCGAACAAUAUCCCAUAGCGGCUGAUUUGAAAAUGCACACAAUACAAGAACACGACGAGGAAGCCUUGAAAAAGGUCAUUCAGGAGAUGAGGAUUUACACUGUCAAACUUGAUAUAACCUCGCUGCAGUGUGCAGUUUGUCAAAGCGACGUGUCUACGAUAGAGGAACUUAUGGAGCAUUUAAUCAAAAUGCACAAUCGACAGAUAUAUACAGAUAUAAAGAAUCACAUGAUACCGUUCAAAUUUAACGGUGACGAGCUACAGUGUGCAAUGUGUCCGACUAAAUGUUCCACGUUCAGGAAUUUGACGGAACACAUGAACAAUCACUACAGGAAUUACGAAUGCAACGUCUGCGGCGCCGGAUUCGUGAACCGCGACCUUCUGCGGAGUCACAAAAGGAUACACAAGACGGGAUCUUUCGCAUGUGACUUCUGUCCCAAAAUCUUUGAUACUCUUGUCAGAAAACAGGCCCACACCAACUCUCUACACAGGAAAUCUUCAAAAAAGCACAUAUGCCGGUACUGCAAUGAACAGUUCGUGGAUUACCACAAGAAGAAGGAGCAUUUGUUCAUAAUGCACGGCGUCAAGUUGGUAGAGCGGAAAUGCGAAGUUUGCGACAAGGGGUUCAUGAAGCAAACCGCUCUGAGGAACCACAUAAGGAAAUUCCAUUUCAUGGAGAAGGAAGUGAAAUGUUCAAGACGACACAAAACAAUUGAAAUUUAUAUCGGAGGAUCGACUAAAACUCCUAAACGAGAGAGAUCCAAAACGCAAAAACCAGAACUAAUGCUCAAAAAGGGCGGCGAGUUACAGAAACAUCGCUUUAACAUGAGAGAGAUAUUACUGAACACUAACGCGACGCCCAUACGCUGUCGAGGCGGGGUCGGCUAUGCAUGCUGCUUUUGCACCGACCAAUACCCAGAUCCGGCGGACUUGAAGAAGCACACAAUAGAAUUUCACGACGAAAAGGCCAAACUGAACUUCAUGAAUGGCAAAGAUAUGUACAAGUUUCAUGUUAAACUUGAUAUAACAUCGCUCAAAUGUAACAUUUGCAACACUGACAUUAAAACUUUCGAGCAAAUCAUAGAUCACUUGAAAGACGUUCACAAUAAGGAGCUGUUCACAGAUAUACAACAUCAAGUGUUGCCUUUUAAGUUUGAAAGCGAGAGGUUGCAAUGUUUCAUAUGUAUGAACGUUUACCACAAAUUCAAAUCGCUUCUAGAGCAUAUGAAUGUCCACUACAGGAAUUACAUUUGCGCGGUUUGUGAUGCCGGAUUCGUGAGCCGUGUGAUACUGGCACAACACGCUGAAAGCCACAAACUCGGCACUUUCAACUGCGACUACUGCACAAAAACCUUUGACACGUUCAGGAAGAAGCGUUCGCACGAGAAAUGCAUACACACCCAUUCAGCGACGUUGAAUAAAUGCGGGUACUGCAACGAAAAGUUCAAAGACUACAGGAAGAAGGAGAAGCAUUUGAGCGAAGUGCACGGAAUAAUCUCGCAGAUGCUGAAAUGUCAAGCGUGCGAUAAGACAUUCAACAAUCAAAAGGAGUAUACAGUCCACGUGAGGAGGUUGCAUCUAAUGGAUAAACGAUUUAAGUGCACGGACUGUGAUAUGUCAUUCUUUUCGUCAGCUGAAUUGAAUAGCCAUUCAGUGAAGCAUACGGGUGUGAGGAAGUUUGAGUGCGAGGUGUGCCACAAGGCGUACGGACGAUUGAAAACUUUGCGAGAGCAUAUGCGGAUACACAUGGACGAUCGUCGGUUCAAAUGUGAACACUGCGGGCAAGCGUUCGUGCAGAAGUGCAGUAAAACAGUCGCCCAUUCAGAGCACCAAAGCGUAAGGAUUAAAGUUGAAGAAAUGAAGAAAAGGACCAAAAUAAAGCUGGUCCCAGUUAAAAAGCCAUCGGAUUAUCAAAUGGAUGUAAAAAAGCACAGAGACAAUGUAAAGACAAUACUUAAAAAUUCCAAUGCAACUGCGAUCCAGGGACACACAGAUAGCGGUUAUACUUGUUGCUUCUGUGAGCAAACGUUUUUCAAUCCCGCCGAGCUUAAAACGCAUAACCUUGAGACUCACACGCCAGCGUUCGACAGCAUAAACAUAGAACUGUUGGUGCCAAAAGUUAUAAGCAUGCUUUGUGUAAAACUGGACAUAACAGAGCUAAUAUGCACGAUCUGCAAUACUAAAAUGAACACAAUCGAAGCACUGAUCGAACAUUUGCAGAAAGCGCACGAGAAGCAUUUUCACAAGGACAUAACGCACCAGAUACUGCCGUUUAAGUUUGACGCAGAAGACUUACAGUGUUACAUAUGCAGAAACACAUUUAACAAGUUCAAGACUUUGAUGGAACACAUGAACGUGCAUUACAGAAACUUCAUAUGCGACGUCUGCGACGCGGGUUUCAUAAAUCAGAGGAAGCUCUACCACCAUAAGGUGGCGCACAACACCGGGACGUUUGCUUGUAGCCAGUGUGCGAAGACUUUUCCCACUUACAGCAGACAACGCGCCCACGAAAGGCAGUACCACGAACUGGGGAUGCUGGUCAAUAAGUGUCGCUUAUGCAAUGCGCUGUUUAAAAACAACCGUCAGAAGGACAGGCAUCUGGAGAAAGAGCACGGAGUGUCCUCGUUCGCCAGGAAAUGUCACGCGUGUGGCAAAAUGUUCGUCCACCAAAACGCUUUGAACAUCCAUAUGAAAAGACACCAUUUGGUGGAGCGAACUCACAAAUGCUCUGAAUGCGGCAAGGGUUUCUUCUCUUCCACCGAGUUGAGAGCCCACAUGAUAACGCAUACGGGGAUAAAGAAACACCAGUGCGGUGUUUGUCUGAAAUCCUAUGUGAGGAAGUGGACCUUGAACGAGCAUAUGCGUAUACAUAUGGACGAUCGGAGGUUCAAAUGCGAACUUUGCGGUGCGCCACGUAAAACAACACACAAGAAAUCAAAAAAAGAUUCACUAGAGAAAACCGAGGAAAAGGACAUAAUACCUAAAGUGAGACAGGGGGAACAGUUAGAAAAGCAUCGGACGAACAUUCGAGAGAUAAUCCAAUGCUCGAACGCAACGCCUAUACGUUGUCGAGGCGGGAUAGGCUACGCGUGCUGCUUCUGUACAGAACAAUUCCCAGAUCCCGCUGACUUGAAGAAACAUACAAUAGAACAGCACGAUGACAAUUCCAAAUCAAUUUUCAUGAAAGGGAAGGACAUGUACGGUUAUUUAGUCAAAGCGGAUAUAACUGAUCUACAAUGCAAGCUUUGCGGUACCGAUAUGGAGACAUUAGAAGAAAUUAUGGAGCAUCUAAAAGAUGUACACAAUAGAAAUAUAAGCACGGAUAUACCAAACCAUAUAUUGCCCUUCAAAUUCGAUACGGAAUACCUCAGAUGUUUCAUGUGCCACAACGUUUUCAAUAGAUUCAAAGCUUUGCAAGAACAUAUGCAUACACAUUACAGGAACUACCUCUGUGAAGUUUGUGACGCUGGUUUUGUCAACCGACACCUUUUGUUAUGCCACAACGAAGGUCACAAAAUAGGUGUUUUCGCGUGCGAACAAUGCAAGGAAGUUUUCGAUACGUUGCGGAAGAAAAAAUUGCACAUGCGUAAGGUACACGAUGGGCUGAACAAACCCCACAAGUGUGGAUACUGCGACGAGAGGUUCAAAGAGAACUGCCACAAAAUUGAACAUCUCGCUAAAGUCCACGGAGUUGUGGGACCGAUGAUUAAGUGUAAGGCAUGCGAUAGAAGCUUCGCAACUCAGCAAACAUGGUUGUUGCACACUAAGAAGUAUCAUUUGAUGCAGCGCCAGCAUAAGUGUACCAGAUGCGAGAUGGAGUUUUUCUCCAAACGAGAACUAACUGACCAUAUGGUGAAACAUACGGGUACGAGAACGAUAAAAAUCGAAAGAGGGGUAACAAAACCUCGCGUGGUGGAGCUGAAGAUCGUUAGGAGCAAGAACAAAGACAUUUAUUUGUCCGAAACGAAGAAAAACCAACACAAUCUCAGAACUAUAUUGUUGAAUUCCAACGCUAAUCCUAUAAGGUGUAAAGACAGUCUAGGCUACGGAUGCGCGUUCUGUCCCGACCAGUUCCAAGCGCCCACAGAUUUAAAGAAACAUUUUCUAGAUGAACACAACAACGAUAGACUUAUUAAAGUUGUGGCCGCUAAACUGUUUGAGCAUGUAGUCAAAUUGGACAUCACUUACUUAAACUGUGCACUUUGCAGCAAAGAUAUACCGAAACUAGAUGAUCUGAUGGCUCAUCUUAAAAAUGAUCACAGUAAAGAAAUAUAUGUGGACAUAAAGAAUGCAAUAGUUCCAUUCAAAUUUGAUACUCCAGAAUUGCGGUGUGCGGUCUGUUCUGCUGAGUAUUUGAAUUUCAAACUCUUGCAAGAGCACAUGAACUCUCAUUUCGGAAAUUACAUUUGCCCCGUCUGUGGUAGAGGUUUCAUGACCGAGCGUCUGUUAGGGACUCACGUUAGCAGGCACAAGAAUGGAGAACACAAGUGCGAGGAUUGUGGCAAAGUUUUCGGGAGUAAAGCAAAUUUGCGGGAGCAUCAAAAGCGUACACACUUGGGCCUGAGCAAACGGAACAAAUGCUUGAUUUGCAACGAGAGGUUCUUGGAUUACUGGAAGAAAGUUGAUCACAUGGUGAAGAUGCAUGGAGCGCCGCCAGUGAAUAUAAAAUGCCAGGCGUGUGACCGAACCUUCCAGAAUCAGAGAGCGUUGUCUCGCCACACGAAGAAGGACCAUUUGUUGGAGAGGAAACACAAGUGCGCAGAGUGUGAGAUGAGGUUCUUUAGCACGAGUAGCUUGCAACGUCACAUGGCGAAGCACACCGGUUUGCGUCAGUUCCGAUGUGACGUGUGUUUCAAGGCGUACGGAAGGAAGAACACGUUAAGAGAACAUAUGCGGAUCCACGCAGAUGACCGCAGGUUCGCUUGUGUGCACUGCGGACAGGCGUUCGUGCAAAAAUGCAGCUGGCGCAGUCAUAUGCGCUCCAAACACGGGGAAGAGGUUUAG